AUGAAUGGCAAAUCUGUUGAGGUCGACAACACGGAUGCUGAAGGUCAUCUCGUUCUAGCUGACGCGUUGUACUGCGCAUCAACCGAGUUCAAGCCGCACACGGUCAUCGAUGUUGCCACUCUUACCUGGGCUAUGGAUACCGCACUGGGUGUCUCAGAUCAACACCGGUGUUUUUAUGACCUCCCGUGCCCUUUGGAACCGACUGGGUGUUGCCAGAGAGAGCAAUCACCUAUCUUGAUGCGAGCGUUGCUUGAAUUUGACGUUGUCUUUUUUCAAAUGGGCGGGAAACCAGCGGGUGCAUGCACCGGUGCGCUAUUCCUUAAGGCGUUUGUAGAUGGCACCGAGGCCAAGGAUGGGCAGUAA